AAUUUCCAUCGCAUGUAAACAAAAAUAUUUAUACAGUUUUAUAGUCUUUACCUUUUUUAUUGCCCACUUAGAAAAAUCCACAAUGUCUGUGAUAUUGGGCAAAGUAAUAUCCUUGAUAUUAACCGAACGUUUUGGCCCUGUGGUGUCAAGCGUUGGGGCUUUUCUGUUUAAGAGACAAAGCAGCCCUAUUUUGUAUGUAAGGAAGGGCACCGAUCUGCCCUUAUCGAAGGUAAAAGAAGCCCUAUGCAUACUAAUAAAACAUAGAUUAGUAACAUUCAAAGCGAACAAAAAUGAAAAUCUAGCAAAUUACAGUUUGGAUUCAGAAAAGGUACUUUACAUGCUCAGAUACCCAAAGUACCUAAACCUCAUUAAAACUCAAUACGGAGAUGAGGCCGAGAUGAUCGUAGAAGAAAUUCUACAAAGAGGUUACUGGUCAGCCCCGGAAUUAAUAUUAAAAGUUCACGAAAGAAUGUCGAAGAAUAGCGACCGGCCGCCCACACUGGUACACAUUAAGGACAAAUUGAUUUUUUUGAUUACCGCAAAAUAUUUACAAAGAAUACCAUAUUCCACGGAUGAGAAACCUGUGCCUGACCUGCACGUGGACGAGAAAGAGAUGCAUGUAAUACCAAAUAUUGAAAUAAAAAAUCUGGUGGCCCACCAAGCAGAUAGUAGCGUUGCAUUAAGUUAUAAAAACAUUUAUUGGGCAGUGAAUUUUGAUCGGUUUCACCAAGAUAUGAGGGACAGGAUUAUGGUCACUGCUUUUACUAGGAAAUUUGAUGAAUGUUCUGGAGAAAUUAUUAAGUUAUUUUUAAGGCAAAUGUAUAUAAGGACAGAACCGUGGGCAGAUGUAUCAAAUCCCAUACCGGCCAUAGAGAUUAAGGAUAUUUUGAAGAGGCAACAAAGUAACAACAGUCAUACUUUACCGUUUUUUGACCAGUACAUCAACAUUAUUGAGCAAGAUAAUAGCAAACUGCUUAGGAAAGCAGGUGAAGCCAGUGGGGGGUCCUAUCAAAUAUAUUUAAAAGAGGCUUUUACUCAGUUUGUAUGGGAGUUGGUUGAGCAGGUGGUGCUUGAAAAGUAUGACUCUAAGGCCGCCAGGAUAUUUAGGUUGGUUAAAUUAAAACCUUACAUUGAACCAGACCAGAUACAACAGCUGGCCAUGAUUCCCGCCAAAGAUGCUAAAAAACUGUCGUAUCAGUUAUAUGAAGAGAAUUUUCUGCACAUACAGGAACUGAGGAAAACCUCGGCAAAUAACGGCCCAACUAAGAAUUUCACUUUGUUCCACAUUCAGCUAGAAAACGUGGUUAGAAUGCUCCUAGAAAUGUGCUAUAAGACCCUGUUUAAUCACAUUUCAAGGCGGAAUCACGAGAAGGAAUUAAACAAGAGGAUCAUUGAUAAAAAACAAAGGGUGGAAACCAUUUUGUUGGGGAUGAGGGCGCAAGGAGCCACUGAAGAGCAAAUCAAUGAUAUUGAAGAGAUGAUUACUCCUCCUGAAAAGGAAAUAUUGAGUAAUAUCGAUAAAAUUAUGAAGAAAUUGAGUACGAUCGAGCUGGAAAUUGACGACACGAUUUUUUUGUUAAAAACGUUUUUACUUUAUUAUUAAUUAGAUUUAAGAACAAAUAAAGACAGAGACUUGCUAUUUA